GCGAUCGCCGUGCUUCCCUUCCGUCCAUCAUCGCAACAACCUAAACCUCCUACAGCAAACCAAGCGCUUUACCACACUUCAAACACUCAAGAACCAUUUCUCGAACCCUUAAGCUAGUCGCCAACCUACCACGAAUCCAUCCAACUCGUCAAAGAUGGAUGACUCUGAGCUCGAGAAGAUCAGGAAGGCCCGUCUUGAACAGCUCAAGGCGCAAGGCGGCGGCGGUGGUGGUCCCAAGGCCGGUGGUCCCUCCGGCGCCGGUGGGCAAGGUGGUCAGGAAGCUUCUAGACAACAAGAAGCCGAAGCCCGCAAAGCUAUGCUCAACCAGAUCCUCAUGCCCGAAGCCGCCGAUCGGCUGGGCCGCAUCCGACUCGUCAAGGAGGAGCGCGCGACCGACAUUGAGAACCGGCUGAUGAUGCUGGCGCAGACGGGCCAGCUCCGCUCGAAAGUGACGGAAGAGCAGCUCAAGGAGCUGCUGAACGCCGUGGCGGAUAACAAGGAGGCGGAGAAGAUUGUAGUGACGAGGAGGAAGGGGUGGGGGUUAGAUGAUGAUGAUGAUGACUUGUUUGAUUUGUAGGUGGGACAUUGGGUUGAGACACAGAGAUAUAUACCUGGGAGGAAGGGGGAACGAAGGAGUUUCAUGGCCUUAACGGUUAUUAAUGGCAUUAUCGCUUUCUUAUGAAUGACAUGAGGACGAUAGUCCAUGUUCAAGUUUGGGAGUAUGAACGAGUUGGGGUCAAAGAGGCGUCGUAAUGAAUUCGCUGAGGGUGGAAAUACAAU